GACCCCGGGUCGCCGUCUGGCCAGCUGGCGGAGAUGGCGGGGCUGCAGAGGCAGGUCGUGGACCUCCUGCAGGAGAGGCGGUCGCUGAAGAUUGCCACGGAGGCCUCCAGGGUGCAGCUGGAGGAGCGGACGAGGGAGGUGCGCGAGGCCCAGGCGCGCCUGCUGGCCCUCCAGGACUCGCAGGCCGCCCUGGAGCGGCAACUGGAGCAGGUGGACCGGGGCGCCGCCAGGGCGCGGCGCGACUACGUGGGCCUGCGCGCGGCAGCGGACCAGCUGCGGGGCAGCGCGGAGGCGGCGGGCGAGGAGGAGCGGCGCCUGGGCCAGGAGGUGGCUGAUGCCGAGGCUGCGGCGAUUGACGCUUCGGCGGCCUGGGCGGACCUGGAGAAGCAGACAGGCCACGACGCCGCCGUGCUGGAGGGGCGGCUGUCCGAACUGGCGGGCGCGGAGGAGGCGUUGCGGGCGGCCGAGGAGGCCGCGGCCUCGGAGUGCGGCUGCCUGCGGGAGGACCUGGCCGCGGAGCGGCAGCGGGCGGUGGACUCCGAGGCCGCGACUCGGGCCUACCACGCCGAGGCCGCGGACGCGGCCGCGCGUACCCGGGUCUGCUACGAGCAGCUGGCCGCCCAGGCCGCGGAGCUGUCGGCGGCCAAGGCUGCCAUCGCGGCUGCCCUGGAGGAGGAGCAGCGGGCGCAGCACCUGGAGUCCGAGGCCGGGCAGCUUGCCGAGGAGGAGAUGCACGAGCGGGCCGCCGCGGACGCCCACUCGCGCGACAGGGUCGAGCUGCAGCGCAGGCGCGCGGAGCUGCGAGAGCUGGCCGCGCGGCUGGACGCUGCGCGCGACUCCGAGGCGGCUCUGGAGGCGGAGCUUGCCUCGGCCCAGGGCCGGCGCCUCGUGGAGCAGGCCGCCGCCCGGGCGGCGAGGGAGGAGCUGGGCGCCGCCGAGGAGCAGCUCGCGGCCGACGAGCUGAGCCACAGGCGGUGGCGCCACGACUUCGAGGCCGGCGAGGAGCUGAGGCGGGCGGUGCCCUUCGCCGAGCUCGCGCGGGUGCGCGAGAGCGUCGACUGGACAAAUUCCGAACUUCAGGAGGCCACCGCCGAGCUGCCCGUCGCGCAGGCGCUGGUGGACGAGCUCACCGGCAGGCGCGCUGCGGCGGAGCAGCGCCUCGAGGAGCUGGCCGGCAUCGUCGAGGUGCUGCGCUCCUUUGAAGCGUCGGUGCUUUCGCUGGUAUGGCUGCUGGUUGGUACGUCAUGUCAGAUGCCGCCUCGCCGGGCCGACGCGGCAGCGCCGAGGGCGGAGAGGCUUCUGGUCUGCGCCCAGCGUAUCCGGGCCCACAGGGUGCCUUGGCCAAUCUUUGGCACCCAGAGACGGCCCGGGGGGCAACCAUAA